CAAUGCUCGCUCUGUCCGGGGUUGGAGCUGCGUUCCGCUCCGGGCCGCGCCGCGCCGGGAGGAGGCGGAGGAGGCGGAGGGGGAGCGGGGCGACCCGGAGCUGCGGGGCCGCGGCGGAGCGCAGCCAGGUGCCUCCCCCCCCCGUCCCCAUGGAGUGAGAGCACACGGGGGUCUCUGCAGCGGCGCAGCCCCCGCCCCGCCGGGAGGAAAGCUGGAAGGCACCGCAAAUAUGAGCGACUUCUGGCACAAGCUGGGCUGCUGCGUCGUGGAGAAACCACAGCCUAAGAAGAGGAGGAGACGGAUCGACCGCUCCAUGAUCGGCGAGCCCAUGAACUUCGUGCACCUGACGCACAUCGGCUCCGGAGACAUGGCUGCGGGCGAGGGGCUGCCCAUGACGGGCGCAGUGCAGGAGAUGAGGUCCAAAGGCGGACGGGAGCGGCAGUGGAGCAGCUCCCGCGUGUUGUAGCAUCGUUCUUGGCUCUUUCAGCCCGAACUUGAACUGCCUGAUCCCCACACCGGAGGAAAAGCCAACCUGGAGCGCUGGAUUCCCGCGGUAACUCAUGCAGGCGGAGCCCCACGGCCGUCCCAGCAGCUCUGGGUCACCCCCCGCAGGUCCCCCCUUCCGCCGAUGAAGGGGGCAGCAGAGCAGCGCAGCCCGCACCGGGAGACGCCGCGCACGGCCACGAUGUGCCAAAUCCUCCGCCUUCUCCCUUUCCCCACACUCCAGCCGGCGCUGCUGUCUCCCACGGGCCCCUCCCGCCGCUGCCCCUCACGCCUCGGUUUCCCCGUCGGACGGCAGCGGGGCGGGCUGCGCUGCAGGGGCCGAGCGGGGGAGGCGCUGCGGAGCCUCGGAGCCCCGGCAUCGGGCGCCCUGCAGCUCCUGCGCUGCCACCGAGCCGCACUUCCUCCAGCCUUCAGCCGGCAUCGCCGCCAGCGAGCCUCCGCCUUCCUUCUUUUGUAGGAGAU